AACGCUUUGCAGAGAUUCUUGCCAUAUCUGGAUUUGGACCCUGGCUCACGCGGAAGUGAUUCUGUUCUUCAAGUCACUCUAAGUUGACUAUUUGGGAUGAUCAGCAGGCAAGCGCAAUUGAGAUUUGAACGUCACCAUGAAUUCGAAGUCUCCUCGAUUGCAUCGAGCAAUAGAUGGCAUCACAGCAUUUGACCGUCUAGAGGCUGAUAAGGCCAAAUACGUUAAGACUCCACAAGUCAGAGAACAAAGGCAAAACCCUGCUAUCAAUGCCACACUUUCCCCAACUUUGUUACGUAGAUCAAUUCAAUCAAAUCACAACCACAACACAGAGACCAAACAUACUGCCAGCUGCAGUCCAGUAAUACAACCUAGAAUUCUGCAAUGUCAUGUUGAGCAAAGGACAGAACAAUCAUACAUUACAAGCUCAACCACUACUAUAUCAGGAACUCCCCUUCAACAUCGCAAGACUUUAAGUUUGAAGACAGAGCAUUCCCGCUAUACUACCAUUCCUUCCAACAUACCAACAAGAUCUGUUAAGUCAUACACCAGUGAACCACAGACUGAUGAAACUCUUAAUGUUAAUCGCACAAGCUACACAGUUCAAAAAAUAUGUGAGCCUAAGCAAGAUAAUGUGGUCCCAUCUCCUAGUUCCCCAUUGACCCAACCUUUUUCAAUGCGUCGGUUUAGUGGAAAGCGGCAACACCGACCUGACUCCCUAAUAAUUUACCGCCAGAGGAGGGAUAUCAUUCAAAAUGAAAAGGAAAACAAUGUGAGCAGUGGAGGACUGGUCAACCGGCUUCUUCAAAGCACUCCACUAUUAAAAAGGCGUAUUCCUCUUGCACAGGGCUCUCCCCAGCCAUGUUCUGAGGAAAGCCCAAACUCUCCUAGGGCACAGAGAAAAGCUGAGGAGACGUUGAGGUGCCAGGUUCCUAAGUUCAGUGCCCCACAAGAGGCAGUAUCAAAAGAUCAGUCCUCACUACCUCCUUCUGAUGUUCAGCAUUUUUUUGAGAGCUGUGGCUUAGAGGGGAGCCUCCUGGACUUGCUUGAUAAUGUAUAUCAACUUGGUGGGGAUCCAACAAUUGGAAGUUUAGAAUCUGUGGACAGGGUAAGUGGAAGAAGUAUGGUUUUACAUGAGGAAGCAAAAGAAGAGAGAACUCCGGUGUCUGUUAUUGAGAGAAAUGCUCGAGUCAUAAAAUGGAUUUACAGCUGCCAUAAUGCCAAAGCUAUAAGUGUUCAAAGAGAGAACAACACAUCCAGAGAAUCUACAGUGUGAGACACAUAAAGAUCUCAAGAUGUCAGAACAAGCAAUGGGACAUAUACAAAAGAAGAAACCUAUGCGAGUCACAGGAAAAGAGAGAGACAAUUAUCACAGGAAAAACAAAAGAUCUGUGAUUAAAUGUAAAUGUGUUUUUAUUAGAUUUCAAAGGGAAAUAAAAAACCCCACAAACUUA